AUGCCUCUUUUUCUAGCUGCUUCACUCAAAACGGCACUUAUGCUAGGUGCCACCAUCGGGUUAGUCGCAGCCUUGAUUUCGAACGAUAAAAUUACAGAAAAAGCAGCGCAAGCGUUUCAAAAGGGGGCCGACAGGCUCAAUGACCGCUUGAAGCACAGAAGAAAAAUGAUUGGAAAUGAAAUUGUUAUGGCAGAAGAUUAUGAUAUUCAUCCAGAACAAGGAAUUGUAAGUGAUGUAGCAACACCGAAUAUCACAGACGACGAGCGUGAAGAGUAUCAUUCGCAUACAGAUCAAGAUAUUUCAAGCGAGGUAACAACACCCAAUAUUUCUGAUGAGGAGAAUGAAAGAGAAAACGAGGACGCGGAAUUGUGGCUCGAUGAUACAAUCGGAUCUAGUGUAAUGUCUAGUGGGUUUAGAAAGAAUUCAGAAGACCACUGA